GUCGAGGUGACCGAGGACGGCCAUCCAGGCAUGGAGACUCAGGCCCACUCCAGGGCGAGUCUACCCAUGUCAGAGAGGUCAAAGGGCAAUCCCAACCCUUUCCGUUCCCAAGGGAGCCCUGUUGCAAGGCGGGUUCACUCUUUCGGAACAACUGUGGAUCCGAAGCGGAGAGCGUGUGAUCUUUGCUCCAAAGAGAACCAUCCGAUCCGGGUAUGCCCUCAAUUCCUUCAGAUGAGACCUGAUGCUCGCUCCAGCUAUAUUAAGCAAAAAAUGCUUUGCUUAAACUGUUUCGCAAGAGGUCACCAGAUUCGUGAAUGCCAAAGCGCCCACAACUGCAACACGUGUGGAGAUCGGCAUCAUACGCUGCUGCACCGUGGCACUCCAGUUUCCAGCCAAUCCGUGCCCAAUUCCGUACCACUUCCGACUCCUGCCGAAGCUCAGCCUAGCGUUCAGAACUAUUUCGCCUCCGGCAAGAGGGCGGUACUCCUAGGCACGGCUAUUAUUAAUAUUUGCCACUUGGGGACAAAUUUUCGCGCCCGCGCUCUAAUCGACCCGGGCUCCGAGGCGACGUUCAUUACGGAACGUCUCUUCCAGAUCAUUAAGUUGCCAUUCCGACUCGACCAGGCACAGGUCUCGGGCCUCAAUCAGACAAUAUCCGCUCAGUCCAAGAAACUCUGCCAUUUUUCCAUCCGUUCCCCGACUAAGCCGGGCUUACAAUUGGACGCCACAGCCUAUGUCCUGCCGGAACUAUCAGGCAGCCUUCCCUCCCAUCCGAUCCCGCAACACUCGUUGCGAGACUUGCCGAACCUGCCAUGGGCAGAUCCGACAUUUUACGAAAGCUCACAAAUAGAUGUCCUGAUUGGUGCCGACAUCCUUCCAUCCAUCCUCUUGAGCGGCUCACAGACGAACAUCUGUGGAUCUCUCCUCGGACAGGAAACCAUUUUCGGGUGGGUUCUUACAGGCCCAGUGCCAAACACGGUACAAGGCCGGGUCGCAUCCUUCUCCACGCAAAUUUCCACCGAGCUAGAGACUCCGUUGGACAAACUCCUCACAAAGUUUUGGGAGGUGGAGGACAUUCCUACUAAAAUAGAAAGCGAGUCGGAUUCGUACUGCGAAAGAAAUUUCCUCCGAACUACGUCAAGAACGCCAAGCGGGAAAUACGUCGUCACGUUACCGUUUUGCGACCCAGAUCAUCUCUGAUCAGAUCUGGGGUAUUCAAGGGCAGCCGCGCUGGCCCAGUUCCUAAGAAACGAAAAUCGCUUGAAAAGAAACGGUCCCCUACAAGAGCAGUACGACACCGUAAUCCAAGAAUACCUAGAGCUUGAACAUAUGACAGAAGUUCCUCCGACUCAUGGGUCCUCAACCUACUACCUUCCGCACCACGCUGUCUUCAAGCCUGAGAGCACUACCACGAAGGUCCGCGUGGUAUUUAACGCAUCCAGCCCGUCGACCAACGGUGUGAGUUUGAAUGAUCUUCUGCACGCCGGCCCGGUCCUCCAAUCUGACUUGACCCUCCAGAUCCUGAAGUGGCGUUAUUUCCGGUACGUUUUCAACGCGGACAUCACCAAGAUGUAUCUCCAAAUUUGGGUUGACCCGAAACACACCCCUUUCCAGCGAAUAUUAUUUCGAAACAAGGAGGGACUCAUCCGCGACUAUGAACUUAAGACCGUAACCUUCGGAGUCAAUUGCGCUCCUUUUCUUGCCAUCCGAGUGUUGCAACAGCUAGCAAGCGACGUCCAGUCCAGAUUUCCGAAAGCAAGUCGCAUUAUCCGAUCAUUCAUGUAUGUUGAAGAUGUCCUAGCCGGAGCGGAUUCUACCGAUGAGGCUCGACUAACGAUCCGCGAGUUGCAGGCCGCACUUAGCUCUGCAGGUUUUCCGCUGCGGAAGUGGAC